CGAGAUUCACUUUUUUCAACUCCGCUGUCCCUGCCGUUACUCACCCUUACAAAAAUGCAUAUUUCUCCACAAGAAGCCCACCACGUCGCCGUUCUUGCCGGUCAGGGAGAAUGCGCCAAACUGGUGACAGCCGUCAAAGCUCUAGCGUUGCGAGAACAUGAGUCGCCUGCCGACAUCCUUAUUGCUUGCAAGGACGACUUUCAACAAACAGCUGCGCAUAUUGCUGCAAAAUCGGGGCAGUCAAAGUCCAUCGACACACUAUCCGAUCUUUUGGAUGACAAUGAGAAAAGAGCAAUCUAUUUCAACAUGGCUAACCGUUUUUCCGGGGAUCGGCCCAUCCAUACAGCCAUGCGCCAUGGGUAUCUGGAUGCUUUCAAAGCCUUGGUCAAUCAUGGCGCGGACCCGACCCUGAAGAAUCGCUUUGGAGAUGUCGUUGAGGAUUAUCCAGGUGACUUUGAGCCAGAGGAGGUAUCACGAAUUGUGGAGGGGUAUAGGACUAAGGUGGACAAACUCAGGACAUAAUUUUGUAUUGAGAACUUUGAUUACUCUCUAAUCUUUACUGUUAUCACAGCCACCAACUCCCGACAAAAACAGCCGCAACAUAACCCAUGAACAGGGUAUACAGUACCACAAAGUCCACCUCGAACAAAGACCACCUGACAUGCUUUGCCUCCUCCGUUGGGUAACGCGCACCGUUUUCCUCCCGCUUUCCGAGAAGUCUGUCCCGCUCAGGUACGCUAGGCGGCCGGAGAGCGUACCUCAGCGGCGUCAAGCAUCCCAACAUUGUCGGAAACCAAAGAUGUGAUGGCCACGCUACUGUCUUGAGCAGCUCAAUCCACAUGUCCCUAUUGAAAACCCAGUUGCCAGACAUCCAAUGUGGUCCGAGUACCCGGAAUGCCUGCAGGGAGGCACAUGAGGCAAAUGCCAGCACGACGCUCAGUUGAACCCAGGCACCACAGUCGAAAAGGAUAUGGCGCAGCCGCUCGCGGAAAGGAGCACGGCGUGCAGGGUUCCGCUCUUGGAGGCUGUUGGCAAUGCUCCCCGUUGGGGUGAAUCCAUCAGGCUUACCCAGGAAAAACGUCUUGAACCACGCAACAGUGUAAUCUGUAUCAUGUUAGCCGACGGUCCUUUCAAGAAUCUGGCGGACUUACAAUGAGACAUGUAUCUCAUCAUACCCGUCUCCAUGACUGCAACCCGGUACCCAGCCAUCACACCGAUGUGGCAGUCAUGAAGAUAGCGAGUCAGGACAAUGGCACAGUAAAGUCGAAGCAAUAGCUUCAUUUCCGCCUCGUCUCGCCAAUACAUCAGCUCCACCGAUGUACUGCUCUCAUCAUUAGGACAGAUGACACCACACGAAAGUAUAGGGGAACGUACCCAUCGAGCAAAUUGCUUCACAUGAGCAGCAUAUGUUUCGGGAACCAGACCAUACUGAAGCGACUCGGCCAGAUAGGCAGAGCGCCACCCCUCUGCCAUCUGCAGCAUGGAGCUGUAGAUAUCCUCGACAAGGCAGUCUGUAGGAAACCCACCGAUAUCGUCCACCGCCUCUCUUCGGACGACCCAGCCAGAUCCGAGAUUCCUGUCCAGUGUUAGUCGCUGGGCCCCAAGGCUUCGAGGGAUUACUUACCAGCCGAGUCCGGCAUGGUCCCUGAUGAUGUCCAUACAAAGCCAGUUGAUAGAACUCUGCUGAUUCAGUGGGUCAUUGUCCGGCACAUUGUAGAACAAUUGGGCAGGACAAACAACUCCCAUCUUGGGAUCCCUGAUCAGAUGUGCAACACACGCCCUCAGCCACCUCUUUUCAGGAAUCAUAUCAGCAUCCAACCCAGCUACAAGCUCAGCCCGCCCACCAGGAAGGGUGUCAGACACAGUAAUUGCAUGAUUGAGGUUGCCAGCUUUGUACCCUGCCGGCCCAUACUUGACACGCGCGGUGUAAUACAAGUUGGGCGUGUCGGCGGCCAGCUGCAAAACCCAAGCCUCCAGCUUUUGGUUCCGGCCAUCAUCAGACACGAUGACUCUGAACCGAUGAGCAGGGUAGUCGAUGUUGAGUGUAGCGCGAACGGUAUCUUGGAUGAUGUCGAGCUUCUCGUUGCAGACUGGGAUGAUGAUGUCCACGCACGGCACAUUAUCACCCAGUAACCGAAGUCUGGGCCGAUACCGAGCAAACAAGGAUGCUGCUUUGACCAAAGAGGCAGCGAUUGCGUCGGCUGUGUGUAGGUUUCCAGUCAGUUUUCUGAUCAAAUCUUUCUAAGCACCAAGGAUCGGCUUACCUGACCAGAGACCCUCAAUGGCAAAAGCAAACCAUGCGAGAUAGAGCUUGACUCCACCCAAGCUUCCGUCCUGUCCAAGAGCCAACAGGAUCUCUCCCUGGAUUUUGGAAGCCCAUAAAAGCAGAAUGCAAGGGAUGAUGGCAGUCAAAAACACGAACCGGGUCAAGAAUCGACGCACAGGCCCGAAGUUGGACUGGAUUUGGUCGUAUUCUUCGUCAUUGCCGAUUUCAGUAACCACCAUGCAAUCUGUGUCGGUGAUGGUGUUGUCAAAGAUGACGGGAGGUAUCUCAAGGUUUUAAGUGUCUACGACUUCUAGGCGCUGCUCGACUUGCUAUCCAACUUUUCAUCGUGCUCCUCCACCGAGACCGGAAUAGCACACGUUGGACGGAGAACUAGACG